GGAGCGACAGCGAGCAUGUUGGCCGUUGGCUGCAGCUCCAGUGUGGUGAUGAGCCGGCUGCGGGGAAGCGGACUGCGCGCAGACUGGUGAGCGGCUGGACGCAGACGGAACCGCGCCGUCGGCUGUCGGACUUUAAUUUUUUUCCCCCCUCGCAGCCCGUCGUUUUGGAUUUGUUUUUCUUUCGCCUCGUCUCAUAAAGCACUUUGGGUUUAAUCCGUGAAUUGUGUGUGAGUGUGUGUCGGGGGGUUUGUAUCAAGGUGCACGCAGCGGCUGCCGUGCGCAACGGACGGAAUCUGACAGCAGUUUGAGAUUUCCUCUUUCUUUAAAGAAAACCGCUGCCACUGUGUGUGCAUGGUAUGGUCACCGCGGACGUGUUCACGACGUCUGGGAUUUGAAAGCUGUGCCAAGUGAUCUUCGUUCUGUAAACACCGACAGGUGUUGCAGUCGUGUCGGCUGUCACACGGCUCUGUUAUGCCUUAAAACGCCGCGGACUCACGAGGGCUGGGAUGGUAACCAAACCCUCUGCUAUGGAUAAUCCAACAAUUGUUUAAUCCAGUUUACUUUCUGCACUCUCGUUGAAAGCACAUUAUUCGUUGUAUUUGGUUAUAUUAUUAACAGUCCUAUGAUGCGUUUGAGACGCCGGACGGGAAAGUAACCCUCACUCCAGCGUCUUCUUCUCGUAGUUGAAGCCAAUAAAAGGCAGCAGGCAAAAUGACAACCAACGGACCUGUCAUCGUCUUCGAGUGGCUCAAGACCCUCCAGCUCGCCCAGUACGUCGAGGCUUUUGUGGAUAAUGGGUACGACGACCUGGAGGUGUGCAAGCAGAUCGGCGACCCCGACCUGGAUGCCAUCGGCGUCUACAUCCCGCACCACAGGCAGAGGAUCCACGACGCGGUGAGGAGGCUGAGGGAGGAAGCCCAGGAGACGGCCAGCGGGCUGUACUUCACCCUGGAGCCGAUGCCACCCGCGGCCGAGAUUUAUACCAGUCACAUGGUGGACCAGUACGAGUCCAAGCUGCGGGGAUCCAAGUCCUGGACCGAGGUUGGGCGCAACGGCGGUUACAUGGGCGCGCAGAGGAACCUGACGCUGGGCAACAGGAGGGAGCUGGUGAUUUACCCCAAACUGAAGCUGAAGAUCAUGAUCAGGGAUAAGCUCAUCAGAGACGGCAUCAACCUGGCCAAACCGCCCUAUUCUAACAAGGAUGGUUCACUGGGUAACAUAGAUGACCUUGCCCAGGAGUACUCUGAGUACUACAACACCUGCUUCAGCGACGUCAGCGACCGCAUGGAGGAGCUACGCAGGAGACGAGUGUCCCAAGAGCUCGACAUGGAGAAGCAGGACCCAAGCAGCACAUCCCUGCAGCUCCGCACUGAGAUCCAGGAAUCAUUAGGCUUCAGCAGUGAGGUGUCCACUCCAGAAACAGACAGAAAAAUGCCCCUGCACAAAUCCAGCUCUGAAGAUGGAUCUGGAGGUAAAUGGGACAACAAGAAGAAGAACAAGUCUUUUUGGCAGAACUUCCGCAAGUCGCAGCACAAACCAGUCAUGCGUCAGACAUCCAAAGGAGAAGACAUCGGCUAUGUGGCCAGCGAGAUCACCAUGAGCGACGAAGAGCGCAUCCAGCUGAUGAUGAUGGUGAAAGAGAAGAUGAUCACCGUCGAGGAGGCUCUGGCUCGGCUGAAGGAGUAUGAGCGCAGCAGACAGUCCAGCAGUAGUGACACUGCAGAGUGGGCUGAUGGAUCUGCAGCCAAUCUAAACCAGUCCUCGAACUGCAACUCUCGUGAACAGUCAGACGAUGAGCAAUCGGAGGACUCUGUGAAGUUCAAGCGGCUUCACAAGCUGGUUAACUCGACACGCCGGGUCAGGAAAAAACUCAUCAAGGUGGAGGAGGGCAAGAAACAUGGCUCGGAAGAUUUCCUGAAUCUAGAGGCACUACCCACCUGUGAGGACAACUCAGCUCUGUACACAGGAGUCCUAAAGAAGCCCCCUUUGCCCCAGGAGACCUCCUUGCCCUCCCUCACCCAGGAUCAACUUUCUUUGGAUGGAGACACAGACAGUCUGACCAACUCUCCCUCCUCCAGUAGCCUGGACACCUGGUCUGGUCACAAGCUGGUCAAAACCUUCAGUAAGUCUUCCAGUUCCCACGGCCUCAUCCGGCCCCCCAGGAGAACCCCGGUUGGCUCUGGGGUACUGGGAAGCUCCAUCUCUGGCGUGGGAGGCAGUGGAUCUUCCUUCUCAGAGUUGGAUGGCUGUGGACUGGACGACGAAGGAAAGCUGUCACGCUCCACGACCGACGGCGAGAUGCGGAAGGCCCUGAGCUCCAUCUCUCAUGGGGUAAGUAACAACGAAGCACUCUACGCCUACUAUGGCCUCACCAAACCUCGCCCCAAACCCCAUGCACAGUCGCGUCUCCUGAUAUCUCUGGAUGACGGUCCACAAGGCAGCCCUAAACACCAACCUGCCAACCGGCACCAUGGCAGCUGGACACACCGGAAACCCGACCCCAACUACGCUUACUCCACUAAGCAUCUAUUGUACCAACGCUCUCGCAACCCCAAGACCCCUGUCUCCCCUCUGUCUGUCACCCCCUCCUCCCCUGCACGCUGUGAUGUAGCCAAAUCAAAAGGUUUUGGAAGCGGGGGAGGGAGCUGGGUGUUCCCCUCCCGCCGGCUGCGUGGUCGAACCGCAGUCAGUGAGCUGAACAUCACCUAUGUGGUAGAGCGGAGCCUGUACGGUCACCUCAACUGGGCCCAGCUGGUGCGCCCAGUUACCCUCAGCCGCGCUGAGCGCCGCUGUCUAUUGGAGGAGGACCGCGAGGCGGACAGGAAGUGGGCGGCCAGUGUGGACCGCUGCACCAAGCGGGUGCUCUUGCGCAUCCAGCAGAAGUCUAGGACUUGCAGCUUCGGAGGCUUUGACCUGUCCAACCGUUCACUCCAUGUGGUCAACACCGGAUCAGAGGCCAAUAGCAAAGACCAGGAGGCCAUAUACAGAGAGGUGGUCAAGUCACCCACUACAUCUCGGAUCUCACUGGGCAAGAAGGUCAAGUCGGUGAAGGAGACGAUGAGGAAACGCAUGUCGAAGAAGUACAGCAGCUCCCUGUCUGAGCAGUCAAGUCCGGAUGGAGCUCCUGGCUCCCCUCAAUCCCCUCAGCCUGACACCGACUCUCUGGAGAAGCCCAAGCUGAAGGCCGGAGGCUCCGUGGAAAGUCUGCGUAGUUCACUCAGCGGACAGAGUUCAAUGAGUGGUCAGACAGUGAGCACCACCGACUCGUCGGCCAGCAACCGCGAAAGUGUGAAGUCCGAGGACGGUGACGACGAAGAGCCACCUUACAGAGGACCGUUCUGUGGCCGGGCCCGGGUCCAUACCGACUUCACCCCCAGCCCCUACGACACUGACUCCCUCAAACUGAAGCGCGGCGACGUGAUCGACAUCAUCAGUAAGCCACCCAUGGGGACGUGGAUGGGCCUGCUGAACAACAAAGUGGGCACCUUCAAGUUCAUCUACGUGGAUGUGCUGAGUGAAGAAGAGGAGAAGCCCAAGAGGCCCGUGAGGAGGAGGAGGAAGGGCCGACCACCCAAACCCACGUCGGUGGAGGAGCUGCUUGAGCGCAUCAACCUCAAGGAGCACAUGCCCACUUUCCUGUUCAACGGCUACGAGGACCUGGACACGUUCAAGCUGCUGGAGGAGGAGGACCUGGACGAGCUGAAUAUCCGAGAUCCUCAGCACAGGGCCGUGCUGCUCACCGCCGUGGAGCUGUUGCAGGAGUACGACAGCAGCAGCGAUCCAGAGCGCAGCGGCCUGUCGGGCUCUCAGGAGAAGCUGCUGUCCGAGGGCCGGGGCCUGGUGGGAGACUCCCCGCGGGACUCCGGCUGCUACGAGAGCAAUGAGAACCUGGAGAAUGGUAAAAGCAGAAAAGCUUCCCGCUCCAGUCGCUCUUCAGCCGGCCUCCAGUCUCCAGACUACCCCACCCUGCCCAUGACCCUCUCAACAGAAGCUCUGCAGCAGAACAACAAGAACCAACGCACAAAGUUCACAAAAAGCUUCUUCAUCAAACCCUCCCUGAGGGGUUUCAACCUGCUGGGGCUGCGCAAGGCCCAGAGACGGUCCCCAAUCCCAGCAAGCCGCAGCUGCGAGGACCUGGAUGGGCCCCCGCAGCCCGCUGGACCCUGGAAACGCUCCCACUCUCUGGGAGAUCUGCACUGGGAGCAGAACUUUGAGCAGAAGGAUCUGGGUGUGGAGCUUAAACUUGCCAAGGAAAGGCCAAAAUCAGGCAACAGUAGCCCCACCAAGGUCUGUCGAGACGAGGGGUCUCAGAAUAGGACUCCAACAGUGAGCCCAAAAGGAAGGGCUGAAAGACCGCCGGUGCCCUCCCAGCUGCCUCUCCGCCCUCCUUGUCGCACAACCCAGUCCCCCAACCCCCCAGAGCUCCUAUCCAGUCCAACUCCGAGCCCCCCUGAGUCCAAUGCAAGUGGGGAUAGGGUCAUCCGGACUCAUCCCAAAAAGCCACCGGUCCCUCCUCCAGUUCCUGCCAAGAAGUCUAGGGAAAGACUUGCCAAUGGCAUGCGUCAUCCUCCUCUCUCCCUGCCCUCCUCACCGUCCCCCACGCCCUCCCCUACCCACUCCAUCAACCGUUCUCACCCCAGUAGCCCUGUAAUCCGCAGCAGCAACAGCAGCCCCAGCCCCCCUGCUCUGCCCGCAAAGACACCGAGCACCCCCGCAAGCCCCUGUGCCACAUCAUCCGCCUCCUCCAUGGGCGAGGAGUCCGGCACUCCUCCAGCGGUGCAGCCUCCAUGGUUCUCGGAUCUGGGGGGCAAGGUGGCCGUUGCUAGGAAGGUUUCCCACGCCAAGAUGGGUCCCGACCUGCUCAGUCUGCUGGAACAACGCCUGGAAGCCGAGGGCAUCGAUCUUACAGAGGAGCCCUACUCUGACAAGCAUGGCCGCUGUGGCAUCCCCCAGCCGCUGGUGCAGCGCUACUCCGAGGACAUGGAGCAGCCCGUCAAGGACGUUGCCUCAACCAUGGACCAGCUCCGAGUCCGAGAGCUCCGCAAGCAGCACCGCAUGGCGAUCCCUUCCGGAGGUUUGACAGAGAUGUGCCGGAAGCCCGCGGUUUCGGGUAACAUCAGCACGGUCUCCGAUUGGCUCACCUCCAUCGGCCUGCCCAUGUACACUACGCUACUGGCAGCAGCGGGAGUCGACACGCUGAGCCACGUGGCCGUGUUGACGGAGAGCACUGUAUGGGAGGCCGGGGUGCGAGAUGAGAGACACGCCCGUCGGCUUGUCAGCGAGGCACGGUCAGUCAUUGCGCACAGGGAGGUGCAGUCCUAACCAUGUCGGUGGAGUCGUAUGUAAUAACAGGUAUUAACUCACUGGUCAGAACCAUCUCAUUCAAACGUGGUCAGCAGGCGGCCAGAUCGGUGGUGGAUACAGCCAUGGGACUCCACAAUCGCCCGAGUGACCACCGAACUUCCUGUCUCGCACGUGUCAAAAAAAAAAAAGACUCUAAGUGAGCCUCCCAGCUCCCUGAUCUUCUCUCUCUUCAUCACUCUGUCCUUUUCUGAAAUGUUUACGGCAUCGAAGAGUUCCUCCAAACAGCCAAGAUGAGAUAUCAGUUGCCUUUUUUUUUAAAAAAAGAAAAGACUGUAGACUCACUCUGUGGGGGAUGGCUUCUAUUCUGAAGACACCCCCGAAGUCUUAAAAUAAAGACUUGGAUCUGCCUUGAAGGAAGAUUGCACACUCUUUUUGUAGGACGGAUGUUUUAUAAAUACGGAACAGACGGUUUUGAUUCCUGCAUAUUUCAUAAGUGCUUCAUUUUCAUCUUUUGCGGGGCGAGGCGACAUUUUUUUUUUCCGAGGGGUCUCUUCAAGGAAGUAGCUUGGCCAAAGUGAUUUUUGCUCCUCAUUCAAAUCUUUCAUUCCGGCUAAUGGGUUUAUAACGACGACGACAGAAUCCACUGUAACAUCUGGACUUUUUAAUCAACUUAACACACAUGCACACUCACCAAGCUCUGAACAACUGGUGAGUUUCUGAGACAGCUUGUUUUGUAUCAUGUUUUCUGUAUUAUAGCAUAACGCAUAUCUGAGUUUUAAAAAAAAGGAAAAAAAAGAUUUAUAUGAAAAAAUUAUUGUGCUUGCGUUUUUGAAUGUCGCGUCCUUAUUCGGAGGGGCCAGCUCUCACUCAUUGCUAAGCUGAAACGUCACACCUUUGUAUUUCGUAUUAUACCGUAUGAUGGUUCUGCUGCGUAUCUUGGAUGCACCCCCCCCCCUUCGGGUAUCUCACAGAAAGCUCUGUUUUACUCCAGUAAUCACAAUCAAGCUUUUCACAGCAAAAAAAAUACAUUCCCUGUGUAUCUCAAAGCACACAUUAAGUUGCCUUACCAUUACGAAUGAUCAGCUUCGUUGUGUAGAACAUGUGUACAGUGUCAACUGAGGCUGAACCGCGUUAAAGGUGCUGAGCCUUUGUGUUGUUUUCCUUCUGAAUGUCUGAGAAAUAACUGAGAUUUUUAUGAACUGGAAAAAAAAAAAACGGAUCGUUUCAGCAUCGCACACGGACGUGAACCACAAAACCACACUCUCUGAUGGAUCAGUGGUUUUCUAUAGUUGUUGAACGCACUCCCCCUCCCCCUUUCAGACAAUUAACUGCAGACGUCGUCACAUCUUUAACAUCCCUUUAACAUGCCAACACAUUCUCACUGUACUACGUUCCAUACAGAUGGUUGUGGGACCACAGAGAGAAGGAGGAGGAGGAGAAGAAAAGUGAAAAUGUUCUAAAGACACAGCUGACAUCUGGGCUGUCAUAUCUGGAAUUUAUUGGACUUGAUUUAUCGCUGGAUAAUAAGCUGUUGUUGGGGAACACGUUAUACUGUAGCUGUAAUCGACGCUGGUCUGAUCUUAAUUGGGGAUAGACAGUUGGAACAGCUAUUAUUAUUAUUAUUAUUAUUAUUAUUAUAUCAGGUGAGAAGUUGACCUACAAAGUCAGCGUACACUUUUUUUUCCACACUAACAAGUCUCGCAUUUCAGGGAAAACACUGCGUUGGGUCAGCCUGUUGGAGAAACGUUGGGCCAAAAAAAAAAAAAGGAACUGACAACAAAGCGGAGACUCUUUUCAUUUUCCCACCGCAGGUGUGUGGGUGAGCUAACAACUCAUCCAUGUUUGUUGGUUUCCUUCCCCUUUUUUAUUUCUAACAGCAAAGUUUCGUCUUUACUUAGAUCUGACCUGAAAGACAUGUUCCACAGAUUUUUUUUUUUUUUUUGUUAUUGCUUCAAUUAGAGGAUUAUUAUUAUCAUCAUUAUUAUUAUUAUUAUUAUUAUUAUUAUUAUUAUUAUUAUUAUUAUUUGCAGUGGGCAUUUGAUAGAUAGAUGUUUGAUGCCAUUUUAAUUCCUCUUCAAUCAAAGUGGUGCUCUGAGAAAAAUGCGAGAAUGAGAGGCGGGGGGGGGGUUGGAAAAGAGAAGAAGAAAAAAGAGUAAAAGACCCUGGGAAGAGUGUUUUUGUAAAGAAUGAAAAAUACUGACACUGUAAAUGCACUUUAGAGGGUAAAUCUAGCUGUUUUAUAGGCGGAAGAAAAAUUGGCUAUGUUUUGUUUCACAGGUCCACAAACGGACGUCUGUUGUCAGGUAUUGUAAAGGGGUUUCAGAGGGGUUACGCUAGUAAUUUUUAGUAUCGAGUUUCCCAAUGCCAAGUUAGAUAACCAUUCACGGGUUAACCUCUUUUCCAGUUCUUCACUUCCACUUUGUUUUUUUGCAGUCUUACAAAAAAAAUAAAUUCUUAAUUACAUAUAUGAAAUGCUUUGGCAGACAUUUGUUGCACAUUCUGUAUAUGUAAUUGAUAUUUAAAUAACUUAUUUUUCUUCUUUUUUUGGCUUUUUAUUUCUUAUCAACUGUAAUUAGCUGUACUAUAUGAAUAGCAAUACCUUCCUGCAUAUUGCAUAUUGCUUUAGCCAGUGAGGAAACUACAGUAUGUAUUGUAAAAUAUGUGUACAAAAUUAUUUUAUUUGGUUUUCAUCUACCUAAUGAUUGUCCAUACAGAUUUGCUUGUGUAUUGAAAAACAAACAAAAGUUAAUGUCCAUAGCUAUUUGUCAUUCUGAAAUAUAAUAAAAACCUGUUUCUUGCAUUA